AUGUAUUUCAUCAUCUCUAUCUAUCUAUCUAUCUAUCUAUCUAUCUUAGACUGUUCAUUUUCAUUUCUAUCAUCUUUCUCACUAUCUAUUUCAAUUAUCUAUCCAUCUAUCUAUCUAUUUCAUAUAUAUUUUCAUUAUCUAUCUAUCCAUCCCUAUCUAUCUAUCUAUCUAUCUAUCUAUCUAUCUAUCUCAUCUAUCCAAAGACUAGAAAUCAUCUAUCCCUAUCUCACAUACUGCGAGACUAUCUAUCUAUCUAUCUAUCUAUCUAUCUAUCUAUCUAUCUAUCUAUCUAUCUAUCUAUCUCCAGACUGUUCAUUUCUAUCUAUCUAUCUAUCUCUACAACUAAAAGUUUCAUUUCUAUCUAUCUAUCUAUCUAUCUAUCUAUUUCACAUACCUUUCAUUAUCUAUCUAUCUAUCUAUCUAUCUAUCUAUCUAUCUAUCUAUCUAUCUCAGACUAUUUUUCAAAAUUUAUCUAUCUAUCUAUCUCACAUACGUCAUUAUCUAUCUAUCUAUCUCUCUAUCUAUCUAUUUUCUAUUCAUUAUCUAUCUGAUUUCAUCUAUCUAUCUAUCUUCUCAUCUAUCUAUCUAUCUAUCUAUCUAUCUAUCUUCAAAUGUUAUCUAAUACCUUUCAUUAUCUAUCUAUCUAUCUAUCUAUCUAUCUAUCUAUCUAUCUAUCUAUCUAUCUAUCUCAUAAGACUCCAUUUGUUCAUAUCUAUCUAUCUAUCUAUCUGGAAUAAAUUUGAAAUUAUCUAUCUAUCUAUCUAUCUAUCUAUUUCACAUACCUUUGCAAUCUAUCUAUCUAUCUAUCUAUCUAUCUAUCUAUCUAUCUAUCUAUCUAUCUAUCUAUCUAUUAUCUAUCUAUCUAUCUAUCUACAUACGUUCAUAUCUAUCUAUCUAUCUAUCUAUUUCACAUACCUUUCAUUAUCUAUCUAUCUAUCUAUCAUUCAUAUUUCUUUAUCUAUCUAUCUAUCUAUCUAA